CAAUCCAACAAAUAUCAUCAACUUUUAACUAUUACAAUCAUAAAUUAAAUAAUAAAUUAAAUUUUUUUAUUCAUUAACUUCAUUAAAAUGAUGUCAUUUUACUUAAAAUGCGUAAGUCGAUCAUAUCGGUCAUACCAAUAGUGUCAUGCCGAUUUCAUGACCGACACAGGUUGAACCAGAUUCAACCAUGACAACCAUGGAGCGCAUAAAGUAAAAAUCGGUUCUUUUCCCUUCGGUUUCUCCACUUGUCGCCGUCCUUUCUUUUCUUCUCCUCCUUCCCAAUUGAAAUGACGCGGAACCAGACUGAAUAGCUCCUGGUCUCUUGCCUGCCCAAUCUCUAGAGCUCCGUCUCCGACUUACAUUCGUCGGAGAUUCAAAUUCGUUCCGGCGAUCCUAUAGUCCUCCAAAAUUACUCCAACUCCUCAACGAGAACAGGUUCGGGGCUCUUUUUCAUCUCUUGGGUACUCUUGCUUGUUGUGAAAAGAUGUUGACUUCGGGAAUUUUUCUUGGUUAAUUGACUGGUUGGAGAUGUGGGUUCUACUGUGAAGGCGAGACUUUGCUCUUGAAUUUGUUCAUGGCGAUCCUGACGGUGCUUGAGAAAAUUAGUAGUAUAUUGCUGUGUUAGGCUGUAGCAAAGUUUUGAAUUGAACCCUAAGCAGAAUUUGAGCCAUGAUUUAGCUGAGACGGUUAAUUGCAUCAUACUGUAGUGGAGUUGUUUAGAUUAGCACUAUUUCUCAUUUCUUAAUGUUCAACAGCUGAUGGAAGAAGAAGAACUCCAUUGCAAUAGUUCGUCACAAGCACCUGUUGGGGAUCUGAAUAAUCAGUGCAUAAAACAGGAUGGCAAAGGAGAAACCGAGGUGUUGGAUGCUCGAACCUCCCUUGAAGAGAAGAAAGAGUUUGUUGCACCAGCAGUAGGAAUGGAAUUCGAGACCUAUGAUGAUGCAUACAACUACUAUAACUGCUACGCCAGAGAAGUUGGAUUUCGUGUUAGAGUCAAGAACUCCUGGUUCAAGAGGAACAGCAAAGAGAAGUAUGGUGCAGUGCUUUGUUGCAGCAGCCAAGGGUUCAAACGAAUUAAAGAUGUAAACCGCCUGAGGAAGGAAACCAGAACCGGUUGUCCUGCAAUGGUAAGGAUGAGGCUCGUGGAAUCUAUGAGGUGGCGUGUGCUGGAAGUUGCCCUUGAACAUAAUCACUUGCUAGGCAGUAAGCUCCAUAAAUCGAUCAAGAAGAUCAAUGGUGGUAGCACCAAGAGGAAGGUAUCGAGUACAGAUGGUGAGGUGCGAAAGAUUAAGCUCUACCGGGCACUUGUUAUAGAUUCUGGAGAUCAAACAGGAUUGAGUGCAAGAGAAGUAAAAACAUUUCCCGAGCUUCCUAAUCAGCUGAACUUGAAAAAGGGUGAUGCACAAGCUAUCUACAACUACUUUUGUAGAAUGCAGUUGACCAAUCCGAGUUUCUUCUACUCGAUGGAUCUGAACGACGAGGGGCAUCUGAGGAACGUUUUCUGGAUCGAUGCUAGGUCGAGGGCUUCAUGCAGUUACUUUGUCGACAGCAUAUUUGUAGACAACUCGUACUUGUCAGGUAAAUAUGAGAUUCCUCUCGUCACAUUUGUGGGAACGAAUCACCAUGGUCAGUCUGUCUUGCUUGGAUGUGGUCUACUUUCUGGCGAGACAACCGAGUCUUACCUUUGGCUAUUCAAGACAUGGCUCCACUGCAUACCGGGAAGAAUGUCUCCACAGACCAUUAUCACCGACAGGUGUAAGUUCUUGGAGAAAGCAAUUGCACAGAUGUUUCCCAAAUCACACCAUUGUUUCAGUUUGGUACACAUCAUGAGACGAAUUCCUGAGAAACUAGGAGGCUUAGGAAACUAUGAUGCAAUUAGGAAGGCAUUUGGGAAAGCGGUUUAUGAUUCGAUGAAAGUAAUUGAGUUUGAAGCAGCGUGGGGCUACAUGAUCCAGCUUGUUGGAGUUUCUGACCACGAAUGGCUUCGAUCAUUGUAUGAAGAUCGCCUCAAGUGGGUCCCGGUGUAUCUCAAGGAUGCAUACUUUGCUGGUAUAGGAGAGAAUCUUCACCCGUUCUUCGACAAGUACAUCCACAAGCAAACACCAUUGAAGGAGUUCCUCGAUAAGUAUGAGCUGGUAUUGCACAAGAAGCACAAGGAGGAAACCCUCGCUGAUAUCGAGUCGAGAAGCUCUUCGGCACUUGCCCUGAGGAGCAGGUGCUCAUUCGAGCUGCAGCUUUCCAAAGUCUACACUAGGGAGCUGUUCAAGAAAUUUCAGUUCGAGGUGGAAGAGAUGUAUUCAUGUUUCAACACGAUGCAGAUUCACGUGGAUGGCCCAAUUGUGAUAUUCCUGGUCAAGGAAAGGGUUCUGCUUGGUGAAGGGAACAGGAGAGAAGUGAGGGACUAUGAGGUUCUGUACAAUAGAAGCGGGUCAGAAGUUCGUUGCAUAUGCAGCCGCUUUAACUUCUCUGGUUAUUUGUGUCGGCAUGCUUUGUGUGUACUGAACUUUAAUGGCGUGGAGGAAGUUCCUGGAAGGUAUGUACUGUCCAGAUGGAGGAAGGAUUACAAGCGGAUGUAUGUGCCUUCGGAUCAUGGCUCGGGCGAAGCUGUCGUUGAUGCUACUGACCGUGUGGAGUGGCUCAACCGGUUGCAUCGGAGUGCUUUGCGGAUCGUGGAAGAAGGGUUGGUUUCGGUCGAGGGUUAUGAUGCUGCGUUGCAGGCCUUUGAGGAGUCGCUGAAUAGGGUUCAUGAGGUGGAAGAACGAGUGAAUGUGUAGAGAAUGUGCAGUUAGUUCAUUAUCAUUCUUUUGUACAAAUGGAGGCUUUGUUUCGAUUGAAUCUUGUGUAUAAAAACUAAAAAGGUUGGAAGUAGGGGUGGUAUUCGGUCGGUAACCGGUGUUUACCGGUUACCGAUUUUACCGGUUUUCGGUAUACCGAGUGUGGGUAAGUGGGAAUCGAUUAUCGAUACCAGUUUGUAACUGGUUUACCGGUUACCGAAUUACCGGUAAACGGUUACAAACCGGUUUUACCGACUUACCGUAAAGAGUAGUUGCAGACGGUUUUUCGGUUCGGUUUACCGAAAAAGUAUCGAACCGAAUUUCUGGGCAAUGGAGUGAUGUUGUAAUAUUUUGAUUUUUAUAAGUUUUUUCUUCAUUUUUGUAAUUAAUAAAUUAUUAUUAACUCUUAUUUAUAAUAUUUUUGAGGCCUAUACUUACUUUCAUUCAUGUAUGUAAUAUUUGUGAAUAAUGAAGUAUAUGUUAUUUA